CUCAUUUGUUGAGUUUCGCUUAAGUGGGCCAUUCCCGGUGGCCUCAGCUCUUACAUGGUACAGCGUGUCGAUUGCUUUAGGUAUUGUGCCGACAAGCUCUCGGAGAUCAAGUCAAAGAAGCUGAUCGUUUACACUCCAUAUCAUGCCCGCGCGGCAUUCCACCAGAUUGCUUAUAUCUCAAGAACAUAUGAUGCAAAUCGAUAUCUUCAGGCCCUACAUUCAGAACUCGGCGGAGAACUGUGGAUCAAUGAUAUCUUAUCUCGCAAAGACGGUGCUUUGAAAGGAAAAUUGCCAUUUCCACUGAACUGCUGUGAAUUUGACCAUACCAGAGUUUGGGACGCAAUGGCAUCUGCCCGUAACAGGGAACGACGUUUUUUCAAACUCACUUCUGUUUUUGGUUUUAGUUGCACGACCUUGACAGAAUCGGAUCAUGCUUCGAAAGCAGAAGGAAUGUCUGAUAUAUCUCCAAUGGGGAAUCCUUUCAUUCUUCAUACCAUCAAUAAGUCUUUGUGUCAGAUAAGCGCAUGUUAUGAAGAGAUCGAUGUGCGCCUUCGGCAGCCAGAUCUCACGCAAACAGAAAUGGAAAAGAUUGUUGAAGAGUGGGAGCUCAAGUUUGAUUCGGAGAUGGAAAGACUACCUGAUCCAAAGACUAUGUCUACGGAGGCAAAACUGUUCUUAGGCGGUGUUGCAGCCUGGCCUGUUCGUUAUCACCAUACUGAUGUAGCGGACUGAAGAAAUGACCAAGUACUUUUGGAGACAAAUCAAAUGAAACAAAAGUAUAACAUGAUCCAUGUCUCCCACAUGAAAUGCUCUGCAGUAGAUCAUCUAUGUUGAGAUUGAGGAUAGUAAGAUGAUAGUUUUACAUGUACCUAGGUAGGUAGGCAGUCUCAGGUAAUAUGCGUGCUUGUGACGAACAACUUUGACAUACAUUCGCCACUUUCUUCGACAUGACUCUUCAAUCAAGGGUACAUUUACUUCUAAAUCUCACUUUCUACCCUACUUGUAUGU